AUGUGGUGUCUGGAAAUUAAUCUGGACCUUAAAAUGUGUGAGGUUCUCGAUAUGGAUUUGAUAUCUUAUCUCUAUCUCAGCUGCCGGCCGGCGGCUUCCUACCAUCCCAACAAAAGGCCUUCAAUUCAUGAAGUUGACGUACGUGCUUACAAGAAUUUGAAGUCCAAACCGUAUGAAAUAGUAGGUGAUAUACCAAGCAUGGUUAAUGGCUUUUCAAGGCUAAUUCAUGAUCGAAAUGAGACAGAACCUGCAUUACAAAUUUAUAGAGGAAGUACACUGACAUUGAAGAAAACAUGGUCUCGGCCAGAUUGCAGAUGUGACCUUCCAUAG